AUGUCACUUUUUGAACCCGAACAACCCACGUCAUUGCAGCAACAGCAGCAUGCACAACGUUCAAUGGACCUGGUCAGUAGAGGACAACAACGACAUCACCGCCACCCAUCGCAUGAGCAUGCCAAGCACGAUGCCAUGAACAAAGAUCGCCACCACCUCCACCCACCACCCUAUCAGCACUAUCGUUCUCUGCCACCACAACAAAAGAGUUCACAAACGGUUGUGUCUUGUAUAGUCAACUUGGUGCUUUCAAAGUUAUUGGACGCUUUACUAUUUACUUCAGCACUUGCACUUGCAGCCUACAAUUACUGGAAGGGCGAUUUACAUAAGCGAGAACGCAUUGAAGCGUCUCCUGCAAUGUAUGAUGACAAGGAACAACAUCGUAUUAUGGAUAUCCGACAAUGGCGACAUACGCAUCCACCACUGAGGCAGCAACAGCAUCAUCAUCAUCAUCCAAGACAACAACGAGAAAGUUUAGAGGAUUCAAAACGAAGACGUACAAUGGAAUGGGCUGAAAGUAUGGCAAGACAACAAAGUCAGCAUAGCAGGAGUAGCAGUAAUUGCAGCAACAGCAACAGCAGCAGCAGCAGCAGUGGUACUUGUAAUAGUCUAGGAAAUGACAAACACGAUGGUGGUGGUGCCAAGAGACACAUCGUGUUACCAUCGCUUCAACUUCCUUCCGUUACUGUCACCGAUGUCAAUUCAACCCUUAUUGGUGCACCCGCUGAUACUAGUGUGAAUGAUAAAGAACCCCAGGAGGAUGAAAUGUUUACAAGAAUGGAAGAACAACUCCAAUCGCUUAUUGAACAAGGACAAGCAGCAUUGACAAGCAAGGCAAAUGAUUUGGAAGAGAUGGAUGAUCAAGAAUUGGCCAUGAGGAAAGCGUUUGCAGCAGGAGGAGGAGGAGCAUAG